UUUAAACGUCACGCGCCGGGCUCUGCUUCUGGCCUCAAGGGUUUGAACAUGUCGCGCCUAAAGGGAGUGGCGGAGCGGGAUACCCGAGUGGGUUUCAGAGCUGAGAGGAAAGAAGACUUCGGUGCUUCAGUACCGCAGGGGCUGUUAAAGGCAGCGAGGAAGAGCGGCCAGUUAAACCUGUCGGGUCGGAAUCUCAGUGAAGUACCUCAGUGUGUCUGGAGAAUAAAUGUGGAUAUUCCUGAGGAAGCUAAUCAGAAUCUUUCAUUUGGUGCUACUGAGCGAUGGUGGGAGCAGACGGAUUUGACCAAACUGAUCAUAUCCAACAAUAAACUUCAGUCACUUACAGAUGACCUACGACUCCUGCCUGCGCUCACUGUUCUUGAUAUACAUGAUAAUCAGCUGACAUCCCUUCCUUCUGCUAUAAGAGAGUUAGAAAAUCUUCAGAAACUUAAUGUCAGCCAUAAUAAACUGCAAAUACUUCCUGAAGAAAUUACAAAUCUAAGAAACCUGAAAGGCCUAUAUCUCCAGCAUAAUGAACUAACUUGUAUACCAGAGGGAUUUGAACAACUUUUCAAUUUAGAAGAUUUGGAUAUUUCCAACAAUCGUCUUACAACUGUUCCUGCUAGUUUUUCGUCUCUCUCCAGUCUGGUGCGACUCAAUCUUUCCAGUAAUCAGCUGAAGAGUUUGCCAGCAGAAAUAAGUGGAAUGAAAAGAUUAAAGCAUUUGGAUUGUAAUUCAAAUCUCUUAGAAGCUGUACCUCCUGAAUUGGCUAACAUGGAAUCACUAGAAUUGCUUUAUUUGCGGAGGAAUAAAUUACGUUUUCUACCAGAAUUUCCUUCUUGUAGAUUAUUAAAGGAAUUAUAUGUAGGUGAAAACCAGAUUGAAAUAUUAGGACCAGAACAUCUUAAGCAUCUGAAUUCUAUCCUUGUGCUAGACCUGCGGGAUAAUAAGUUAAAAUCUGUUCCAGAUGAAAUUACACUACUACAGUCUUUGGAAAGGCUUGACCUAAGUAACAAUGAUAUUAGUAGUCUACCAUGUUCGUUGGGAAAACUUCAUUUGAAAUUUCUGGCACUAGAAGGAAAUCCUUUGAGAACCAUACGAAGAGAAAUUAUAAAUAAAGGAACCCAAGAAGUCUUAAAAUAUCUGCGAAGUAAGAUUAAAGAUGAUGGACCUAGCCCAAGUGAUUCUGUUAUUGGGACUGCCAUGACACUACCAAGUGAAUCCAGAGUCAAUGUACAUGCUAUCAUCACAUUAAAAAUAUUAGACUAUAGUGGUAAACAAACAACUUUAAUUCCUGAUGAAGUAUUUGAUGCAGUAAAAGGCAACAUUAUCACUUCUGUUAACUUCAGUAAGAAUCAGCUUUGUGAAAUACCUAAAAGGAUUGUGGAACUGAAGGAAAUGGUUUCUGAUGUCAAUCUCAGUUUUAAUAAGCUUUCCUUUAUAUCCUUGGAAUUAUGUAUGCUUCAAAAAUUGACUUUUUUAGAUCUCAGGAACAAUUUUUUAAAUUCUUUGCCUGAAGAAAUGGAAUCGCUGAUUAAACUACAAACAAUUAAUCUUUCCUUUAACAGGUUCAAAAUACUACCUGAAGUUCUGUAUCACAUCCCCACACUUGAAACAAUUUUGAUUAGUAACAAUCAGGUUGGAUCUGUGGACCCUCAGAAAAUGAAGGCAAUGGAAAAUCUGAUCACAUUGGACCUUCAAAAUAAUGACCUCCUACAAAUUCCACCAGAGCUUGGUAAUUGUGUGAACUUAAGAACACUACUACUAGAUGGAAAUCCAUUCCGUGUUCCUCGAGCAGCCAUAUUAAUGAAAGGAACAGCUGCUAUUCUGGAAUAUUUGAGAGACCGGAUUCCUACUUAAAUUGGAGUUGUUUUAUAAUCUUGGUCAUGUUAAUUCUUAGACUUCUUACAUUGAUAAGUAACAUUUUUCUAAGGUAUCGUGCGUUCGUAAUGGUGAUAACCACAUACAGUAUUCAUGCAUUUGUUCUGAAUGUUUUGCAUAAAUUUAUCUUACUUUCAUUUGUUAUAGCAAACAAUUUCUUCAAAAUAAAUUUUUAUUUAAAUUAGUUUGAUAUUUUUAUAAUGAUAAAGCAUUUUUGUAGAAGUGGGAUUUUUCCCACCAUUUCUGUUUGUGUUACAUAUAAUGUGACCAAUUGAUUUGAAUAUGACCAUCUAAUUUCUACCUCUUUGUUAGAUAUAAAAUUGAAUUGAAUUUUAUUCAAAACUGUUCUUUGGCAUUUAAAAAAAUAAGGCUUUUCCUUACCCAUGUUAAGAUUUUUGUGUUGUGGUUGGUCUUGGUAUAAGUUUUAAAUUAACAUUCACUGUCUUGCUUUUGUUUUAAUCUAGUUGAGAUGUUUCUUUUCUAGCCUUUUCCCCACAUUUUAUGAAACCGUUUUGUCAUAAUUUCUAAUGUAACAGAAAUGUUACAUGAGGUGUAGUUAUUGGUAGAGAAAACAGUAAAAGUGUUGUUUAAAUUGCUCUCAUAAUUUUGAAUUUAAAACAUGACAAGUUUUUUAAAAACGAUUUCUUACUAUUAAGUUUCUGUACAGUAACCCAGUAAUUCCAGAUUCAAGAAAUUUAAAGGGAUUGGAUCUGCAUAUUUUCCCCUCAGACUGUUUACAAAUACCUUUUGUUCUUCUUUAAAAAAAAGUACUGAAGAGCUUAUUUUAAUUCUAUAGAUAUCACAACAGAAAGUAAUUAAUACCAUAUACCGCAUAGAAAUCUUCGAAAUUUCUUAAAUGACUUACUAAGCAGAUAUUUGUAUACAUUCUCUACUCUGUUGAUGUGUUCUAAUCCAACCUUGUGCAUUUUUUUUUUUUUUAAAUUUCCAGGGCCUUACUUUUCAAAUUUACUUCUAAUCUUCAUAAGACUAAACUUGUAGUCAUGUGGAAAUUUUCUAAAAGGGAUUUUGUGACAGGUUAACUUGAUUUAGUAAAAAUAAAAUAGAAAUAUUUUUAUUUACACCCAAAAUUUCAGAGGUAGGCUGAUCAGUCAUUAUAAAACUUACCAUGUGAUUUUAUUAAGUAGCCAAUCCACAGACUGUUUAUUAACUUAUAUAGAUAGGUAGGUAGGUAGCUAGCUAGCUUUUGGGUGAUUGAGGCAUGCUUAUAUUAUGAAAAAACUCAUUACUAAUAAAGAUGUUCAUAAUAAAAGUUACACUUUUCAAAUAUUGAUUAUAAUGGUUGUUUUUGGCUUAAAAAAACAUGUCCUUUUCAUACUACAACUCUGGCUAAGAAAUCUGCUUUGAUAUUAAACAAAAGACACUUUACAAUAAGGUGACAUUUUAUUAUUUAUACAAUAAAGAGACUUUUAUGUUAUUCAAAACACGUUUUUAAAUACUGAAAAAGUUGAGUACACCAAAGCCGAAAAAUGGCUCUGCUAUACACUGCACAGCAUUAUUUUAGUCCCUGUAUUUUGUAUCUGUACAGAAAGCAUCUUCAGAAUGCAUUCUAAUCACAUUGUACACCUUUACCAAUUAGUGUCAAUACAUAAAAUAAACUGGAGAGUACAGCUUGCAUUUGCAAAUUAACUGACAAAGUAAUUAAUUUCACUGAUUCAGUAAAUUUAAAAUAUAGAUUCAUAGGACUCCUUUGCACAUAAAAUGAAGCAGCUUUCAAGGUCAUUAUGGUCUCAUACUGCAAAAAAACCAUUAAGUACAUUCACAAUCUAUGUUAAUAAAGUAGUAAAUAUGUCUUCAUUCAGUUUUUAUUUACAUCAAUAUGUAGUUCAACUAAAAAGUACUGUUAAUUGUGAUACAUUUUUUAGCACAUACAAAAAUGACAACUUUUUAUAUAUAAUUGAAGCUCAAAAUCACAAUUAUCUCAAAAUAUUAAUUACAAUACAGCCAUCUCAAUUAAACAUGUCAUGAUUUAAUUUUUUUUUAUAAAAUGGUAAAAUUUUUUACUAAAGUAAGCAAUUUAUUUUGAAUUUACUAGAGUUCAUCCAUGUAGAAAACCUUAAAUGUUAAGAGGUGUUUCUUGCCCCCUCCCACCCAAAUUUGUAUACAGCCACCUAGGCUAGCAAAGAGACAGAAAAGGCCCCAAUUUAUAAAGAUUAAGCCUCUUUUGCUAUACUGCUGUGGCUUGUUUUUAUUCCAUAAAAGCUUUACAAGGGGAGAGUCAAUAAACUAUGCAUUGAAAUGCAUGCAUUAAUAUACAAUAUGUCUAUGUAAAAUGUUAGUGUUUACCAGUGCACAUUAAAAUGUUCACAAAGACUGCAAAAGAAGUCAAAAGUAGCAUUUAUAAAGAUCUACCAGUUGCAAACUGUGAACUUGAAAACUACUUGAUAACAUAAUGAAAUUUCUUUGAGAACAGAUCCCAAUUCAAGUUCUUUCUCUGGCUAAAGGAGUUCUAGUUACUUGGCCUUAAGAUGUCACUGUUGUGCUGCACAUAUGGUAGUGAAGUCAGAUGUUGAAAAAGAGUGAGUCUAGAGACUGUCUUCAUCUUACUAAAAUAGUGGCCCAAUGUUGCAUCACUGCGUAGGAAUUUUUCUUAAAGAAGAGUGAAAUAUUUCACUAACUGAAUUAUAUGAUCUCAAAGGAAAAAUGGAUAAUUUGUAUGUGUGCACAUGUGUUUAGCACAUGAAAAAUAUUAAUAUAAAUAGGUGGAAUUAGAACUUCUUUACACAGUAAUAAAAGGAUUGUGUCAUGUCCCCCCUCCCCCAUAACUAAGAUCCAAAGUAACCAAUUGUCAAGUAGUUUAGGAAUGAAAGAAUAAUUUUCAUGGAUACUUAAAAUUCUAAAAACCUAGUAUCUAAUAUCCUUUUACUUAUAAUUCUUUACAGACCAAUUAAAAAUCUGUCGCUGUCUAUUUAGAAUUGCUGCUGUUAAUAUUUCUUCUCUGAGUAGAAAGAGACCAUAGUUCAUAUUGUGGUUUACUUACAUACAGCUGGGUGGGGGGUGCUCUUGGGUGGUUAUCAAGUGGGGAAAAAUGAAACUACAGCACUUACAACCUUACUUUUAUAAGGCUAUUUGGGAUGGUCCUUGAAAUUUACAAUUUCGUAGAUUCACCUCUGACUUUUAACUAGGAAAAGAUUGCUCCUUUAUAUGAAGACAGUGCCAUUGUUCUUAAGCUUCCUUUAGUCCCUUCUAUACACUGAGUCCAAAAAGAAACUUGGCUGGCUUUGAGACGAAAGUAUCCAGCUUAUCUGCCUAUCAAUUAUAUUUCUCUUCAUUCCAAACAGAAAACAGUAAGGCUUGCAUUUUCAAGGAGAAAAACGCAGUUGAGGAUGUUAAACGGAAAUACCUAAACAUCAGAAAGCAGUAUAAAACAUUUAUUGCAUUAUUGACACUAGGUGUCAUCAAAGCUAAAACCAAAUUUCCUAGAGUAAAACUUAACAUACAACAUUAGUCACUGCCCUGAACAGAUGCCUUUUCCACAUUCAAGACCAAUAAGAGUCCUCUGAGUGGAAAGACUCUACAAGUACUGAAUAUAAAAUUUAUUUCGGCAUUACAUUCUGAAAAUAAAUAACCAUUCUAACAAAUGAGGGAACCGCUUUAUGUUCUAUCUGCCUGAGACUUGCAACUUGGUUUCCUGUGGACUUUCCAAAAAAAUUACAUAAGAUUUCCUGACUAAAUAAGAGAUGUAUGCUGGGGAAGGGGAAGAGAGACGGAAAGAUACAAAGAUCAUGUGAUUUCUUUUGUCCAUUCAUCAAAUGCUUUCCUUAAUCUAGCUACCAUAAAAGUCAGUUGACCUGCAUACCUGGGCAUUGUUUAAUCUCAUUAUUUUACCUGUGCAAAACAAGUGCGCAAAGAAAAACACCUAUAUACUGUGUCUGUACAGACACACAAAACCUGAGUCACAAUAAAAAGUUUUUAAUAUAAGAAAACUUUUCUUAAUGUAGGAAAAUAACCUUUAAAGGGCCAAAAAUACCUUUGUACAAUAUAAUCAGCUGACUCUAAAACUUCAAUAUGCUUAAGUAUCACAUAUUUUUAUAAGACCCAAUGAAAAAAGGAAUCAUUUACAUUUGAUAAUUUUCUUAGAGAUACCCACAUUUUUAUUUCUAACAUCUAUUUUUCAUUCCCCUGAAUUCAUUAACUUUUCAACAACAACAAAAAAAAAACCUAAAUAAAAAGCACAUUAAGCAUGGGGACUGUUAAAUUUCUGAUGAAUAGUUCCUGAUUUUUUCCUAAAUACUGAGGACGUAGGAGAUUUGGGGUUGCUAGGCAUAUAACUUACUGCCAAGCCACAGUGGAAUUCUAGAAUUCAAAAUAAAAUAUUUAAUCUGCUAUUAAGAGAAAGAUUACUUGGAAAAAUAUUUUGUAGAUGGAGUUGGGCCAAAGUCUGCAGAAAGCUAUUCUCUCACUUGCAGGCUCCCUUUCUGCAGACAGUUAACUCAAAACUCCUUUUUUUCUCUAUGCUCCAUUUCCUUAGCUUUCAGUAGGUUUCUUACCUUUUCCUUACUUGAACCCUGAAUUGUCCCAACUGUAGCUCCCUUGCUUACAUUCGGCCACCAGUCACAAGGAUUCCUUUGCUUCUCUAGAUCAUUGUUAUCUCUUCCUCUUCCUCAGGAGCUCAGUUCUCUGGGAUGACUCCUUGGCUUCCCCUCAUGUGCCACUUAACUACUCAUUGGGAGAAAAUGUUUAAAUGUCCCCAUUGUCCUAAAAUUAGACACCGAUUUAAGGCUCCAUUCAGGACCUACUUAUUCCCUGGGCUCUAUACAUCUCAGAUGCAUACUAAGGAUAUUUAAUAGAAAAUUGAGUGCAAGUUGCUUCUCUCAUGUUGCCUCCAAAUGGCCAUUGCCAUUAGUUACACAUUUCUGUCCGGUAAGUCACUGACAGAAGAGGAAGCCAUCUGAACAGAAAAGGUUCAGUCCCGGCAUCUGUAGUUGGAUAGGAGGGCACUUCGAAUACUUGGAUCAAGAGGUGAAGGGAUUCUGGGCAGUGGGCCUGGUUGGGAAUAGGGUGGGCAAGAACAUGCAGUGGGGUAGGGGUUUAGAGGCAUUAGCCUAGGGAACUGUAGUCUCUCCCUGCCUUUUUAUAUGACACUUGCCUGAGGAUCACUAGAAGGAUUUUGUAUUGUGCAGAAGGCUAAAAGCAGAGUCACACUUUCUCUGCCAAUAGACUCGUUACCAUGGGAACCAAUGCAGAAAAAUGAAAAUAUGACAAGAAGCUGAGGAUUAAAUGUGGAGAAAAUUGAUAGGGAGUUGGUUUCUACAUGGCAAUUUGAGCAUCAGAGAUUUAAAGAAACAGGAUGUUCCUUGUGUGGUCAGACCAAUGAAAAUGGACAAAAUGACUUGUUGGUAGCAGAUCCUGGAGGCUGAGAUGUGGGGAAUGUGGAGAGAAAGCAGUUAGCAUGUUGUAGUUUGGAUAAGGGGAGCUCUUGAUAAAAUCCAGCCCCAUCCCUGGUGAGGCUGAAUUCCUCAGCCCAAGUGUCAAGUUAACCAUAUGAUCAAAGCUGCCCUUUGAAAAGCAGACUGCUGUAACAAUUCUCUUCUCACCCUUCCAAAGCCAGGACACUCUCCCUGACAAAAGUAUUGCACACCUAAUAUAUUAUUGCUUCAAACAUUUUCCUGAACAUUAAAAAAAAAAAAUCACCACAAUUUUAAAUUUGUGGUUCUCCUCCCCCAACAAGCAGCUACUGCAAGUAACCUAGAAUUUAGCUUUUCAUUAAGGAAAUAAUUAUUUCACUUCACCUGUUACAAGUCCUCUCUGUGUAUGCCCCUCUGUCAUUCUAGAGUUGAUAAUAAACUGAUUAAAAGACUCCGGGAUUCCAAGGCAUCUGUACAAAGACUUGGAAGUUUCAGCAAGGACUUGAAGUUUCAGCCUAAUCUGAGAAAGGCAGACUUAACACACCGCACUUUCAGAGGCUCUAGGGCCACUGCACCAUCCUGUCCCCAAGCUUCCCAAAAGGCUGUUUUCUGAAAUCCUGUGAUUAAGCCUCAUUGCUGUGACUUAAGUGUUGGCCUAUAUUUAAAUACAAUUGUCCUCAGGAGAUGACGACAAAUCACACUGCAGAUGAUUUGAUCCUUCCAGGAGAGCUAGUUUUCAAGUAGUAGUGACAUCCUCCCCCUGCCCCACCCUCCCAACACACACAAACUAGAAACAACACCACCCAGGAAGUAGGAGACAAACCAUUAUUGGAUAGUUGUCUUUAGGGUACAUCUAACUGCAAAUGGUCUGGAUAAAAUAAGCUCUUUGUGCAGUAUGCUAAGUACACUGGACAGAGAUUUCACUAGAAAUGCUUUUUGCUUUCUCACUAAUGAUUUGCUGUCCUAUUUGUUUGAAUUUCUUACUGAAGCCUUUGAUAAUCCCAACAAUGAGUUCUUGAAAUGCCAAAAGCCCGUUAAUUUCUGUUUUCCCCAGAGUGCCUGGAGAAUUCUGAAAUCCCAUAAAAUGCCUGAAGUUUCCUCCACUCUCAGGGCUUGGAGGCAAACUUGAUAAACAGAGAUUUGAGUACAGUGGUCUUGCUUAUGCUAAAAUAACUUCGAUAAAUAUUCCAGUGAAUUUCAGGAUUUGAGACUUGUAUGGUUGGCUUUUGCAGGGAGGAAGCAUUAAAAUAAUCUGACACAGGACUGAUCUUUAAAGCCGCAGGAAAGACGGCUUUAUACUAGGGACAGGUAAGCACAUCUCUUUCUGUGGUGAAUAAAGCAUAGUAGGGUCUUCACAAGCAGCUAUGCCUUUGAAUUUGACAUAUGAUAAAUAAGACACUGCUUCUUUUCAUUUCUGAUACAGUCUCAGGUAGCAGAUGCCUGGAGAAGACAAAUUGGUGUGGAUGAAACUAAAGAUGAUUAGCUUUUUCGAGACUUUGUAUUGGUGGUCUCCCGGGUAGAUCUUGGACAAACUUGAGUUCCUCUAGGCUGAGAGGCCCCCUAACACAAUUGUAUUUAAUAGUUUUACCAUAUCCGUUCACUCUUCAGACAAGAAUUUAAAACUGUUAUAACACUUGUCAUGAUGUAUUGAGAAUUUAAAUUUGAUUCCUUCAGUUUUUUUAGUCAGUUUGGUUUCUCCUCUCAGUUUUCUCUGGGGUUGUGUAAGUGAUUCCCUGCUAUUUCAUGUACCCUAAGGAGUUAGAGACACAACUUUCAUAGAGUUUUCUCAGGUUUAGCAGACAGUCCGCAUUAGUUCACAAAAGAACCAAUCUUGGCACUAUUAGGACAUUUACUGCUUUUAACUGUCACAAGAAUUUGGAAAUACAAAAGCUGACUUACAAGUGGAAUGAUGAUGUCUGCAUAGUAGGAAUGUGAUGAGUAAGUCUAGAGUUCAGCAUGCUGACUGUAGUUAAUAAAAUUGUAUUAAAUACUGGAGAUUCGCUAAAAGGGUAGAUUUCAGGUGCUCUUACCACACACACACACACACACACACACACACACACACAAAGUAACUGAGGAGAUGAGUUAAUUAGCUUGACUGUAAUAAUUUCAUUAAUGUAUUUAUAUAUUGAAUCCUCAUGUUGUACAUCUUAAGUAUUUAUAAUUUUUAUUAAAAACUAAAAAACAAGGGCAUCAUACCCCAUAGCUGUUAAAUAAACAGUUCUGUUUAAUAGUGCCAAAAAAUAAAAAAAAAUAAAAAAUAAAAAAGAUGGCUUUUUCAUGUUGGCCACCAAAUAUAUAUAGAUACUGGGCUUUUUCCAGUAGUUUUCAAACUUCAUGUCCAGCAAUAUGCCCAAAGUGGUACUUGAGGGUCAGGAGCCCACAGGUUAAGUAUUGAAGAAACACAGUCUCAUUUUCAACUGUAAGCAUGCUUCACAAUCCUUUGCAAAUCGUUUUAAUAAACUUACAUUUUCUAAUUUGAUGCACAGAGAUACUAAAUGACUCCAAGGGAAAAGCCACCACUUCGUCUCUAAGUGGCAACUGAUUUUCCAGACCACAGUUGAACUCAGACACUUUUUGAACCCACCUCUAUGAUAUAGUUGCUGUCCUACCUCUAGGCUAACUCCAACCUGAGUUAAAAAAAAAAAAAAAAAGCCUUAAUUUAACCUCAAAGAACAAACAAAAACGCUGGGAUUUUGUUCAAUGUAAAACGGUAUCUGGUCUUUCUCUUGCCAGUGUCGUCCCUGACGAGAUUUUUCCCUCAGAAUAAUUUACAGGAAUUUAGAUGGCUACCGCUUCCCAGUGCUUAGAGGUGUUGCCCUGUGGAAUUGCAGACACUGAAGGACCUUUGAGAAGGAUCUGGAGCUAGGCCCCACGGGCAUCUCAGCCCCUCUCUGACGCCAUGCGUGAGACUUGGUCUGUAUACUUGCAUACUUCCAGGCUCUCUUUGGUGUUUUGCUUCCUAGAAAAUUUUAUUAUAGGUGCUGUUCAAGUUGCUUUUCAUACUGAACUCUAAUGGGUCCUGUUCUGUUCGUAAACACAAAGCAUCCUUCUAAUAGUGGGGUGUUUGCUAAUAGUAAAGAGUGUGAUCUUUUCCUUGUCUGUAAGUGCACACGUAUUUAGAAUAUGCAAGUCCACCAGAAUUAUUUGCAUUUUUCUUGUGUUUAAAAUACAAGUGAAUUAUUUUAAAGCAAAGUUUCAACAGACACCAAAGGUUCACUGCUCUGUUCUCUCCUUUCCUCAGAUUGAUCUCCUCCAGCAGCACAGUAGGCCUUUGUUACUAAGCUGCAGUGCUCUCCCUCCAGGAAGGAGGAGCUGCCCUUCAGCCCCUCUGACUUUGGCCCUUAAGGACAAUCCGUUGGAAGGACAAAGCCAAGUGAAAGCGGAAAGUCAGAACUCAGCUGGCCUAAUGACUAUUCCUCCCUGCUACGGUACAUUCUAGAUGAGGACUACAGUUAUUUCCAUUCCCGUGUCACGUUAGACAUUGUCCUUUUUGGAAAAGAACAUAUAUGAGGGACAGGAGCCUGCCUUCCUAAGGGAAUAGAAAACUCAUCCUCACUCACAUUAUAAAAACAAUAAAACUUGAGGGGUGCUUGGGUGGCUCAGUCGCUUAAGCAUUCAACUCUUGAUUUCGGCUUAGGUCAUCAGGCUCCAAGCUCAGUGGGGAGUCUGCUUGAGAUUCUCUCUCGCUCCUCUGCCCCUCCCCCGUCUCCAGCCCACUCUCUCUUUCUCUCUAAAAUAAAUAAAUCUUCAAAAAAAAAAAAACAAUAAAGCUGAAAGGAAACAUUUGCCAUCUUAUUAGACUGGGAGAGAAAGUGAUAAUACCUUAUUCUCUGUUCUCUCCUCAUAUCUUGUGGACACUACACAGCAUUUAUUAAACUUUUUGUGUCUGUCUCCCCACUACACUGUUUCUUGAGAGGGGGAUGGUAGCUUAUUUAUAUCUCCCACUGUUCUCAAAAUCCUUUGCUCAUUAAUAUUUUUUAUUUAAUUGAAUGGUACAGCAAGACAAAGAUAAAUUGUUUUAAUUACUGAUAACUUUUUAAAAAGGAUAAGCCACAGAUUGGCUAGAGAGCAGAUCUCAGGAUGGCCCAGAGGAAGACCUAGGAGAGCAUGCUUCCACUGCUCUCUAAGCCAGAUCUAUUCUAGCCUACACAAAGGCCUGGCUGAAAAGCUUCUAAAUAUGGGUAUAGAUUGUGCAGGUGUAGCUGAACAUGCUGGAGGUAUUUAUGGAAAGUUUAAAAAAGAAAAGAGGAAGAAAGUAUAGUAUUUUAACUCUGAGUAGUUUACGAUGACCUAGGUUCCUAGAUCACAGGGUAAUAACUAUCAUUUUUCAGAAAUAUGUGAAAACCUAAAAAAAAAAGUGACUGACGUGCAUGUGUGCAUGCGUGUGUGUGUGUGUGUGUGUGAGACAGAGUCCCAAGUUUGAAUUUCUCUGGGAAAUGGUUACAAACCUAUAUUUGUAAUGUUUUCCAGCAACUUUCAUGCUUUUAUAUCAUAGUGAUGGCCUGCUAGAGAAAUCUGUCUUGAUCAUAACAAGAUGUGGGAUUCUAUCAAGUGCAAAAUACUUAUUGCUAAAUUGAAUGACACCGUAAGUAUGGCUGAAAAAUUAUGCUCAUAGGGCAAUCCCCAAAGAAGGUUGAAUGAAUUUCCUAAGAAAGAGCACACUAUAUUCAUGCUUCGUGGUCAUGGGGCCAGAAGGAAAUGGUUUCCUCUGGAGGAAAACACCAGAGGAUUUAAGUAGUUUCACAUAGACUUCAGGAAAGAAGAACAUGUUUUCCUUCUAUUCUUGCUUGGGAUUGGAAGAAGAAAAGAUUAAAUGCUUGGAAGAGAAACACCAUGAACCCACAAAUAAAUAGGACUUUGAUGUAAUUAACGAAGGAGAGUCCCAAACAAGGGUGCUGGCUAAGCUGUGAGGGUGAGGAUAUAAUUAACUUAGAAGAAGUGAACAGUAACAUUUGGCUUUUAAAGCUAUGAUCCAGCCAUCAUGUAAGGAAGCCUGUCCUAGGCACAUUUAAAUCCCGAUGUUUAAGUUUUAGAGAGCUCAUUUAAAAAUAUGUAUUGUAAAUAAUGUGUACCAAAUAUCUUUCGACAUAUUUAGAAUGAGCAUAUCUGAAGGAAUAUCUGGUUAAAAUAAUGGCAGAUAGACACAAAAUAUUUGGAAACCACAAGCAAAUUAGAGAACUAUUAAAAUGGCACAUGUAAUAAUUAACCUGAACAAUUGGGAAUAUCAAAACUAAGUCACACGUUCACCAAGGCUUAGAGAGAGAGCAGUCUCUCUCUCUCUCUCCCCCCCCCCCCAUGAUUGGGUCCCUCUAUGAUUGGGAUACAACCAGAGAGGUUUAGUCAAAAAAUAUAGAAACUACUUAAAAUAACUCAAAGCUCUUAAUUUGUUUUCUCAUAAUGUUUGAAUUUAAAGUGUUGUUUCAAAUUAAUUAUCUCAAAAGAGUACAGAGAUGGGUGUUAACAGUUUUACCAACAGUUUAUUAGCAGUUACUUAUUCACAGUUAAAUUAGCACAACAGGUGUGAGAAGGGACUGUCCAGAGUGUAUGGUCAUUCCAAGCUAGAGACUUGCCAAGACAUGGAUACAAAAUAUAGAUAUAAAGGCUCCAUCUAGUGGCGGCUCUUCCUAACUGCAGCUAUGUUUCUAAAAAGUACAUGGCUCUGUCCAACUACAGAUGAGGAUAGUAUAUAUCAGAUUUAAGCCCAGCAAUUUAAACCGAGACUUCUUGGGAUGAAACACAUGUUUUGUUGCUUUAUCAGGGUGGGUUACUGAGUUAACUGGCAGCCUCUUCUCUGGAGGAAAUUAAAAAUAGCAUUAAUUAUUUCCAGAAGUUAGAAAAAUGAAACAGGUCCUCUCAAGGUCCUUUUCUAUCUUACAAUAAAGCAAUAAUUUUCCUCAUUUCCCCUCAGAAUUUACCUAUGGCUAACUUGUUUGAUAUUAGUCUUUAUUUCAGAGAACUGCCGGUUUAUUUUUUUGAAAUGAGAUAACUUUUGGUGAUUUUCCUUAUACUGGGAAGUUGCGUGUCAAAAAAUUAUUCACUACAUUAUGAAAGUAGUUUCUGGAAAUAAAUAGCAAUGAAAUGAAAUAUAAUUCUACUAUAUGUCUUAUUUUUCAUUUUGAAUUCUUUCUACUUCUAAAAGAAUGGGAAGGAGGCCAGAAACCAAGAAGAGCUGGAAAGAUCACUCUUCCAGCCUGGAGAGGGGAAAGGAGAGGAAGGGAGUGCUGGGGCUGUCUGAAGGAGGGGUGUGGUCACCAACAAAUUGGAGGGUCUGUCUCUGUCUGAUUUCUGUCAUCCAGUUUCUCAUUGUUCCUCUCUGUCAGUCCUUUAUCUCCCUUCUUUUCCCUUUUUCAUUCUUCUCUAAUAACUUACUAAUUUCUCUCCUUCAUCCAGCCCUCAAGUCUGCUCUCACUCAUUAUUGUAAAAUACUCUUACUUAAAGUACUCUUAUUAUUCUGAAAUAUCCUUACUAUAAAAUGUUACUCUCUCAACUAAUAAUUUACUUUUCAUUUUUCACUUCAAUUGGUUCAAACAGACAUUGGCAUUCUCUCCCUCUGUAAAUAUAUAACACGGGGCUAUAAGACCCAAGUGUAGACCUCUGGAGAGUUUGAGGCACCAUACUCUUAAAGAAAAUGAUGAUGAAAGUUUCCUUAAUGUAUACUUAUGGCUUCUAGAGUUUAAAAAAUCCUGAAAAGAAGCCAUCAUCAGCCAGGUAGUAAGUUCUCUUCAUGUAAGGACAUAGCAAGUUCCCCUCAUACAAGGAAAUGAAAAGACAGAGGCAGAUGGAGUAAUUAUUAUUUGUAUAAGCAAAAUAGUAGAUGAGAAAUGGAUUUAACUUUGGGACUAUUUCACUAAAUUCUGAAGUCAAUGUGCUUUGCAACUCAAAUAGAAAAGUAAGGGAAAUAUUUCUGAGAGAAAGAUAAGAAAGAAACUCUUUACUUGCAAGGAAAUCAAGAUCCUAUGAGGUAAUAAAGGAAUUGUGUGGUUAGGAGCGUACCAACCCAGGGCUUUCCCCUCUUAGACACUACUUUUUUUUUCAGGGGCUAGAUUCUACUCUUUUUCCCCCUAUAAUGGAAGUAUCUAAUGAAGUUAAUGCUAAUGGCAGUAUAAAUAGCUUUCUCUCUACUUUGAUAUCAACAGGCCAGAUUCAGACCUCUAUAAAAGUUUGGCAGGGAACAUGUGGUUUUAUCAAGUAAUCUAGAUUUUCUGUGAUCUGUCUAAAUAGUUAUCAUGUUCAUGCUAUAGCCUCUGCAGCUUUUCUUGAUAAUUUUGGCUGGAGUAUAUGACAUUUUCACUUUAGGGAUGCAAAUGGUGGAAUCUGUCCAAGAAAAGAUGCCAAAAUGUAAUGCGUAAACAUUGUCAGACUGAACUAUGGCCAAAGGCCUGUGGACAGACUCCUCUUUAUUCUAGAAGAGGCAGCAUGAGGCUGAAGUUUCACUAAAUUUUAGAGCUAAAAUAGGGCUGGGGACUCCCUCUUCCCGACUACCUCUUCCUAACCCCAUUCCCAACCCAACUCUCUUAACCAUGCCUCAUGCCUCCAAAUUUUAAAAAUAGCUUGCACAAAGUAAUCUACCAAGUCACAAUGUACAGGGAGAACAGCCUUAAAAAGGGUCUAAAACCAGAUCUAACUAUACACUUUUGUCUUCUCAGUUCAGAGUCACAUCACCUCUCUAGGCUUUGGUCCUCCGAUACGAUGAAGGAACUGGCCUUGAUUAUCUUUUUUUUUUUUUUAAGAUUUUAUUUAUUUAUUUGC